AUGGACAUCCCCAUCCCCUCCAUUCAACCAUUCUAUCACCCAUCUCCCACCAGCCCCAAACCCAUCCCCGAAUCCAAAUCCCCAUCCAUCCAAACAAUCCUCCAAACCCUCCAUCUCCAGCCUCACCCAGAAGGAGGUUACUACGCCGAAACAGACCGUCACCCGCUCGCCAUCCCCAAUCCACACAACACAGACCAAAACGACACCCGCUCCCUCUCCUCAUCAAUCUACUACCAUCUCAACCCCGACUCCCCAACCUGCGUCUUCCACCUGAACCGCAGCCGCACAAUCCACGCCCUCCACCGUGGUCGGGCGCGGUAUGUCAUUAUCCACGCGGAUUCGGCGACCGACAAUGGCACUGCGCCUGUUACGUCGUUCGUGGUCGGUCCGGAUCUAGACAAGGGGGAGAAGAUGCAGUGGGUUGUAGAGGGGGGAAAGUAUAAAGCGUGUUAUCUGUUGCCUGAUGACUCCUCGGAGAGCGGGGAUGGGGGGAGCGGGGGGCUGUUGAUCACAGAGACCGUUGUCCCCGGGUUUGCAUUCGAGGAUCACGAGUUCCUGAGCCCCCAGACGAUGGAGAGGCUGCUACCGGACGAGCAGUGCCGAGCGCUGAGCUGGCUGUUAAAGGAUGGAUGA